AUGGUCACCCGUAUAGCUUCUUUACCCAGUGACAGCUGUUUGCUCUUGACAACAGAGGCAACUCGAGAACAAAGUGGAAACUUUGGGAACGUAGUUAUCGACAACAGUGGCCGUGUUGUACACUAUGUCGACAAGCCCACAACAUUUGUUUCAACUCAUAUUUCUUGCGGGGUUUAUUUAAUGAAACCAAGCGUCAUUAUGGGGUUGAAAGUCGAACCUGCUUGUAAUUUAUGGUUUGAGACCGACAUUUUUCCUCAGAUGGCAUGUAAUGGAAAACUAUUUGCUUUGCAUACUACUCGUUGGUGGAGUCAAACAAAAACCGCAGCGGCUGUGCUAUACGCGAAUCGGCAUUACCUUCGUUUGUUUAAAAAGCGAUACGCAGCUCGUUUGUGCAAGGAUCGCGCUCAGAUUGUUGGUGACGUAUUCAUCGAUCCAAGUGCCGAGGUUAGCAAAGUCAUCGAACCAUUAGCAGUCAAAGAUUUCUAA